AUGGAUGAAGAUGAGAAGUCGGGAAGUGUCUCCACUGAGGAGUCGUCGUCCGAAGUUUCGUUGGAAUUGGUUGUUGAUAAGUCUAAAACAAUGAAGAUACAGGCGGAGAGUGGAGUGGAUAUGAAUCUCUACGACUUUGACUUAGACACGAUCAAAGACAAGCCUUGGUUAAAGCCGGGAGCAGACAUAACAGACUAUUUUAACUAUGGAUUUACAGAAAAAACCUGGAAGAAGUACUGUGAUAUGCAGAGAGAAAUCCGAGGGUUUGUUGAAAGAGAGGAAAGCAAUAUGAGUCGUAACGAAAGAGAUCACAGAUACGACCAAAGACCAGACGAUAGAUAUGGAAAGAGAAGAAGAAUAGAAGGAGAUAGAUAUGCCAGAGGAUAUGGCAGAAGAUACUACUGA